UCAGACGAUCUGCGAAGUGCGAACAUUUUUACAUUACAAAAUCUAGAAAAGUCGCUCGAUUAUCCUGGUCCUGUAUUCUAUUUUCAUAUUUAAAGUAUAAACGUACAUAAAACAAGCAUUGGUAUUAUAUCUGGUAGUUAAGUUUUUUCAAUUUGGCAUUAAUUAUGAACGAUUCUAAGGAGAAUCCUGCGGAACCAGUAAAGCCUAAAAUAAAACAUGACUGGUACCAAACGGAUGCGUUUGUAGUUGUCACAAUACUGAUCAAGAAUGCAGUGAAGGAAAAGGUGAAAGUCCACUAUGGAGAACACAGUCUUUCUUUAUCCAGUCCAAUACCAAACUCCGAAGCAGAAUACAGUCUUGAGUUAGAACUGGCUCAUGAAAUUAUACCUUCUAUGUGUUCCUAUGUUGUCAGUCCAUCAAAGAUAGAAGUUAAAUUAAGAAAGAAAGAGGGCUUGCGAUGGACUGUGCUGGAGGGAGAAAGAACGGAAGAGAAGAUUAAAGCUAUUCCACAGGCUGUUAUAGAUGCAUCAGGCACGCAACAACCACCCAAAUUGUUUAAGAAAGACUGGGACAAGAUUGAAAAAGAUAUUAAAAAGAUGGAAGAAGAGGAAAAGCCGGUUGGUGAUGCAGCCCUUAAUGCUCUGUUCCAGAAGAUAUAUGGCGAGGGGUCUGAUGAAGUUAGAAGAGCUAUGAAUAAGAGUUUUGUGGAAUCUGGCGGUACUGUGCUGAGCACAAACUGGGAUCAGGUCGCCAAGGAAAAAGUGGAUGUCAAACCACCAGACGGUUUGGAGUUCAAGAAGUGGGAAAGUUAAUAUUAAAACUGGGGCAAUAUGCAGAACCGUCGACUUUCACCACGGGGCACCGGAUUCGAACCUUGCGAGCUGUGUUUUUCGUUUUAGAGUUAAGUACGUUUAUUCGACGUUUUAUAGGGUUGGCUCUUGGCAACGCUCUUGUAAUUUCUCUGUCUACUCUGAUGGGGCGUGGUGAUCACGAACCAAUCUUAAAAAAAUAUCAUCUUAAUAGGCAUAUGUCUAAAGCAAAAAAUUACAUGAUAAAAAACUGAAAAAUAUCGAUAUAUUUAAGCGGAAUAUACUAAGCGGUAAUAUCUGUUGGGAUAAGAGCGCUGGAAGCGUUAUCUCUAAGGUGCAGGUUCGAAUUCCGAAUCCUACUAAUAUUAUAAAUGUGAAAGUUUGUAUGUCUGGAUGUAUGUUUGAACUUCUUUAACGCAAAAUCUACUGAAUAGAUUUUGAUGAAACUUUACAAUAAUAUAGCUUACACACCAGAUUAACAUAUAGGCUAUUAUUUAUAAAACUAUAGUGUGAAUUAUACAAAAUAUAAAAGAAGUGUGAUUGUUACUAAUGAAUACAACUAGCGCCAUCUCUUAUCAACUAGCAAGCAAAAGAUCAAUACAAUUUAUAUGGCAAAACAACGUUUGCCGGGUCAGCUAGUAUUUCAUAAACUUUAUCACCAUUAAAAGUCGUACGUUUUUAUAAUCUCAGAGGUGAAACACUUAAAAAGUUUUAAUAAUUGCUCAUACGACGAGCACAUUAUACUUUAGUUAUUUUGCUGUUAUGUUUUGUAUGAAACCUUAUAUCAAAAUUUUCAUAGAGCAACGUAUGUUAAGGAUUUGUAUUCUGUUCAGAGAAUCAAUUUGGUUUCUUCACAUAUAUUUCUCGUAUUGAAGAAUGAAGACUGUUAAAUAAAUAUAUGUUUUUAAAAUUA